ACCUUGUCCAUUUGACUGAGGAUCGAGUCUUGUCCGUGACAAAGUCAUAUAUUCGUAGGGUUUAAAAUGGAGACUGAAAUCCCACCUAUGUAAUGCGAAAUAAAACUGCAGAACCAGAGGUUAACGAGCAUCUGAGCGUUAACAUAAAAGGAGAAGAUGUUUAGGCUUGCACAGGCUGUGCGAAUGGCAACGGUGGCCCUGAGUGCGAGGAUCGUCAGUCCGGCGCUGCGCCAUUUUUCAGUGGCCUUGAAUUAUCAUUUGGAUUCGCAGCAAAAAAAAUCCAAUGUGCCAUGGGAUUUUACAGAGAUUUACAAGGAGCAGAAGCGGAGAUUUGCAUCAGAGGCAGAUAAUGCAAAUGCUAACCAUGGAGAAGGCAACAAGGAAACAAUCUCUGUGACAUUUGUCGAUAAAGAUGGUGAGGAAAAGACAAUCCAAGUGCCAAUAGGGAUGUCAAUGCUUGAAGCUGCUCAUCAAAAUGACAUAGAGCUGGAAGGGGCCUGUGAAGGAUCGCUUGCAUGUUCUACCUGUCAUGUUAUUGUCAUGGAUGAGAAUUAUUAUAAUAAACUAGAGGAACCGACAGAUGAGGAGAAUGACAUGUUAGAUCUGGCUUUUGCUCUUACUGAAACGUCUCGACUGGGUUGCCAAGUAAUUGCUAAGCCAGAACUCGAUGGAGUGAGACUUGCUUUGCCUUCUGCCACCAGAAAUUUUGCUGUUGAUGGAUAUGUUCCUAAACCCCAUUAGUAAUGGUAAAUCAAGAAGACCAUGGAUUGAUAAUAUUUUUGUAGAUGUAAUCUUUGCCAUUUAUUUGCGAAUGUGCUUUAGUUUAGUCUCACAUGCACCUUUAUAUGUCAAGGAACUUUAGUGAGUGCUCAAAAGAUGAGUUUUUUUUCCCUAGAUAACCGUUUUUGCAACUAUGUUCUUUUUUUGGCAGCAGUCAAUACAUAUUAAAUUAUAUUCUUGUCGGGGUAAAUGUGAUCAUUUAAUAUUGGUGAGAACAAGUAUUUUUUUGUCAGUCUACGAAUACUGAGGCAUUUUAGGAGAAAUAUUAUCUUCUGAAGGCACAAUCUAUGUAAUAACAUUUAGUGAUGCUCUAAUUAACUAGAGUAUUAGCAGUCCCUUUGCUAUUAUUACAUUGGAUUUACAUGUCCAAUCUUCCCCAGAAA